AUGGCGAGAUCGCGGGCUUCUAGCAGGCGGCUGCUUCUGGCGCUGUGCCUGGGCGCCGCGCUUGUGGCGACAGUGGCCGCGGGAGGCUACGGAGGCGGAGGGCACGGGGGCGGCGGGGGCGGAGGACACGGCGGCUACGGAGGCGGCGGCCACGGAGGCGGUGGUGGCGGCCACGGCGGCGGUGGCGGUGGUCACGGGGGUGGCGGAGGUGGCCACGGAGGCGGCGGCGGUCACGGAGGCGGCGGCGGCGGCCACGGAGGCUACGGAGGCGGCGGUCACGGAGGCGGCGGCGGCGGUCACGGAGGUUAUGGAGGCGGUGGUCACGGAGGCGGUGGUGGUGGACACGGAGGUUAUGGAGGCGGUGGUCACGGAGGCGGCGGUGGUGGACACGGAGGCGGCGGUGGCGGACACGGAGGCUACGGAGGCGGUGGUCACGGAGGCGGUGGUGGUGGACACGGAGGUCACGGAGGCGGCAGCGGCGGCCAUGGAGGCGGCGGCGGUGGUGGUCAUGGUGGUCACUAUGGCCGCUAA